CGGAGUCUACAGGACAUCACCGCGUCUGUGCGCUCAUUUCUCUGGACGGACUUGUUGUGUGCGGUUGUACCUGUGGACCGAAUCUGCUGUUUGCCUCUGGUUAUGGUUAUUCGUGCGCUUGAAACGCAUGGAGUAGAGUAACAAGACGCACAAACUGCCUAAUAAUGAGGUGCCCUUGGGUUGUUUGUGCCUCAUAUUUAUUCUUGCUACCCCUUACAGUGUGGAGCAAACCUGUCAUCUUCCCCAGCGGGCCUCACGUGGUGGUUCCCAACAAGGGUAAGUUGGAGCUGCAUUGCCAUGACAAUACCACAUCUGGUGCCCCAUCCAUGUUGAGGUGGCAGAGGGAGAAAACCCGCAGGCUGGAGGGAGAGGUAGGGGAGGGCGGGGCAGCAUCUCUCAGGAUGUCGGUGGUUAGGAUCUACCACAUGGGUCGGUAUGUGUGCAUCAACAACAGCACCUUGGAGCACAGCUCAAUCUACGUUUAUGUGAAAGACUCUCAGAAUGCUUUCCAGCACACCAUGUUGGACAGCAUUCUGGUUCGGGCUGGUGAAGACUGCAUCAUCCCCUGUCUUGUGACCGACCCUGAGGUCACCAAUCUGGCUUUGGAGACCUGUGACGGAAAACCAUUGCCCUCAGGAAUGGUUUACAGUGGCAACCUGCAGCGAGGCGUCAUCAUCAGAAAUGCUACGAAGGAAUUUGAGGGCUGUUACAGAUGUGUGGGACAGCUCAGAGGAGACAAAGUCCUGUCCAGGUCGUAUUCCGUGGAUGUUCGAAGUGUGCCAGAUGAGCAACCAGUGAUCCGCCUCUCUCAAAGAAACAUGGUCAUCCUGAAGGUAGGAGAGCCAUUUGAGCUUACGUGCAGCUCCACCAAUGUCAACUCAGACCUCAGUCUUGAAUGGGACUUCCCUUCAGCAGCGCAUCCCGUACAGAACCAGUCCUCACACAUCUUUUCGAGCUCCCAGGGCUAUCUACGUUCCACCUCGCUCUUCAUAGCAGCCGUCAGCCGAUCAGAUUCUGGAAUUUACCGCUGCCAUGCCCACAAUGAAAAAGGCCACAGUGAUGCAACGGUGCAGCUGGACAUACUUGAUCAGGGGUUCAUUACAGUGUUAGGAAGUCCAAGUCCAGUCCAAGCAGACGUUAAAGAAGGGGAGAGCCUGACCCUCAGGGUGGAAUUUGAUGCCUAUCCUGCACCGAGCUCCAUAUCCUGGUCCUACAAUGGGAAGCACCUCCUCAACACCACAGAACAUGUCAUCUCUUUCCACCCCCGUAAAUACAGAUUCAUCAGUCAGCUGAGACUAGUGAGGGUUCUUGGCUCCGAGGGCGGCAUCUACACGUUCUCGGCCAGUCAUGGAGACGCAUCUGUUGACCAUUUAUUUCACGUAUACGUUAACAGUAAGCCUGUUAUCAUUGCCCAGGAGGGGCCAGUUGAUGGUCAGGCCCGCUGCGUUGCCGCCGGUUAUCCAGUACCUAAAAUUAGCUGGUACUUUUGUGACCUGCCCCGCACAAGGUGCUCCCUCCUGCCCAAUGCCACCCAAUGGGAGACCCCAGAGGUUGCCAUGCUGUCGGCGUCAGCCUUUGGUAGGAGUGAAGUGGAAAGCCGCCUGAACGUCAGCAACGAGCACGCUCAGUACCACACCUUGGAAUGUGUGGCUUCAACCGAGGGAGAAGAAGCGUACACACUGUUCCCCAUCAGUGAACGCAUUGUCCCCCAUAAACUCUUCACACCUCUUCUAACUGGCAUGGUGGCUACUGGUGUCUUCCUCAGCCUCAUUCUAGUGGUGCUUUUCUAUAAGUAUAUGCAGAAACCAAAGUUCCAGAUUCAGUGGAAGGUCAUUGAGAGCAUUAAUGGAAACAACUACAUCUACAUUGACCCCCUCCAGCUGCCAUACGACCUGAAAUGGGAGUUUCCUCGACAGAAGCUUCGCUUUGGUAAGACCCUGGGCUCUGGGGCUUUUGGAAAGGUGGUAAGGGCCACUGCAUAUGGACUUUGCUCUGCAGAUACUGUCACGACCGUUGCUGUUAAGAUGCUGAAACCUAACGCACAUUCCACAGAGAAGGAGGCACUUAUGUCUGAGCUGAAGGUUCUUAGUUAUCUUGGAAACCACGUGAACAUCGUAAACCUGCUGGGAGCGUGCACUGUCGGAGGCCCAAUUUUGGUGAUCACAGAGUACUGUUGCUAUGGCGACCUGCUCAACUUCCUUCGAAGAAAAAGAGAGUCUUUCCUAAACUCCCAGGUUGGGGACGGUUACUAUCGCAACGUCUCAAAGCAGUCGGAGCCGACAAGCAGGGAUGAAACUGGUACAGGAUACAUGCACAUGCGUCCCUCUGAGAAAGAAAGAUCCUCUCAGUCAGAUUACAUAGAUGAGCUCUCUCUGGAUGCUGAAGACCUCCUCAGCUUCUCCUACCAGGUUGCCAAAGGAAUGGAGUACAUUACCUCCAAGAAUUGUAUUCACAGGGAUCUUGCAGCGAGAAACGUUCUGCUGACUCAUGGCAGGGUGGCGAAGAUCUGCGACUUCGGCCUUGCCCGAGACAUCACCACUGACGCCAGUUAUGUGCUCCGGGGAAACGCUCGCCUGCCUGUCAAGUGGAUGUCUCCUGAGAGCAUUUUCGACUGUGUCUAUACGUUUGAGAGCGAUGUGUGGUCCUACGGCAUCCUGCUCUGGGAAAUCUUCUCUCUGGGAAAUAGCCCGUACCCAGGGAUGCAGGUGGGAUCUGCCUUUUAUAAAAUGAUUCAAGAUGGCCACAGGAUGAGUAGGCCUGAGUUCGCGCCCAUUGAGAUGUAUGACAUGAUGCUGUCCUGCUGGAACCAAGACCCUCUGAAAAGACCGUCCUUCAGAAAACUGGUGGAGAGAACCGAACUGCUGCUGUCAGAAAACACCAAGAACGUGUACCUAAUGCUUAGCAAUUCUCCAAAUGCUGGUGAUCAGCAGAGGGUACCAUCGCGGAGGCUUAGCUCUGUGUGCAGCACCACAGCUCCUACCCAGCCUUUACUGCAGAGCACAGCGGACAUCUUCCUGGACUAUGUCUGACACACACACACCAAUAUAUAAAUUCACUACUACAGCUCAUACAAACCUCUCAUUCCUAACUAAUACCACAAAAACAUCACUUCAUCUGGAAUAACAAAACAUCCAGGUUAACUACUAAAUGCUGGCAGUCCUGGAGCUCAGAAACUCGCACACACUCCUGCACAUACUGUGUAUAUACAAGCCCUCACUGGGCUCUAAGCCUCUAAUUGCUCAACCCAUUGGUGUAUUGAUCGUUGUGGUAGGUAUUUCAGGUGCAUGUCUAUAUAAAGCAGACUGCAGCACUAACAGAACAUCAGAUACAUCAUCACCCAGCAGCACUGGGAGGCAAUUUGGCUCACAUUCAGCCUUGCAUUACAUCUUAAGAUACUUUGACUGAAAGUACAAGUACAUAUAUGACUGAGGAGAGAUGAUGUUUGACUAAUGAAUAGAUGAGGCACUGCUGACUACUAGUGAUGUUUUUGUCAGAGCUUUUUUCACUUUGUAUAGAACCAGUAGUUACAUUUAGGCAGAUAUUCUUGAUGAGGGAUCAAUGUGAAGACACUAAGGUGGUUUCAAAACUCUUGUUGCUCUCUUGACAAAAACAUUUGCCAAAAUAUCCAUCCUGUGUAUGGUCAAUGUUACUGGAUUUGUGAGAGAUUAUUUUUAAUAUAGAUACCUUCUCUAUAUGAGGCAGGUGUUGAGAAACAAAUGAGCCAUACAACAGAAAAGUGGUGUUAAAGCAAUGCCUCUAUGAAAGUAGUUUAAAGCCAUACGUUGCAGUUCCAUGCAAAAGUACUCUUGCUCCUUGAACUUCUUCACAUUUUGUCAGGUUAUAACCAUAAACUUUAUUUGUAGUUGUGAUCGAAGUGAAAGAGAAAUAAUGGUUUUAAAAACGCUUUACAACUACAAAACUGAACAGUGUGGUAUGCAUUUGUUUUUUGCCCCUCUGAGUCCAUACUCUGUAGACCUGCCUUUUGCUGUAGUUACAACUGCGGAUUGGAUAUUUAAAUCAUCCUAUAGAUUCAAAAUUAAGAUUUGGGAGUCUACUGUCUAGUCUUCUGCAGCCUAUUAGGUUUUUUUCCAGGAUUGCUGUGCUAAACAAAAUCCAAUCUUCCAUUCAAUUCUAACCAGCCUCCUUAUCCAUAACAAAAGCAAUCCCACAGCAUGAUGCUGCCACCAGCACAUGUCACAGUGGAGAUGGUCUGUUCAGGAUGAUGUUAGUUUUCUGGACCACAUCGCAUUUAGCAUAUUGGUCAGAAGGAUUGGUUUUAGUCUAAUCUGAACAGACCACCUUCUACUUGGGUUGUGGCAAACUGGAAACAGGACUUAUGACUGUAAAUCUAAGUAAUUGUUCUGUGGACAGAUUCUCCUGCUCGAGAGCUACAAUAGGACUGUGGUACCUUCUCUGAUUAAGGCUCUCCUACCCCGGCCUGUCAGAUUAGGUGGACGGCCAUGCCUUGGUAGCUCUGUAGUUGUGCCAUACUCUUUCUGUUUUCAGAUGAUGGAUCUCUGUGAGAUGUUCAAGGCUGUUUUCAAACCUAACCCUGCUUUGAACUUCUCCAAAUCUUUAUGCCUGACUUGUGUAGGAUGCUCCAUGAUCUUCACUCAAUAAUGCUCUCUAACAAACCUCUGAGGCCUCCGCAGAACAGCUAGAUUUAUACUGAGAUUAAAUGACAAACAGGUGGACUCUUUGGCAAGCAGUUGGUUGGACUGGAUUUUAUUUCGGGGUAUCAGUGUGUAGGAGGCUGAAUAUGACAGCAAUGCCACACUUUUCAGAUUUGAUCUAACAAAAUCUUGGAAGGCAUGCAUCAUUUACCUUCUAUUUCACAAUGAUGUACUACUUCGUCUUGUUCCAUUGCAUUAAAAAAACACUAAAGUUGCACUAUAGUGACAAAAUGUGAAAAAUGUCAACAGGUAUGAACACUUACAAGGUCAACACUGAUUCCCACCUUUGUGUUGUAGCUUCAAAUACUGUGACUAACUGAAUAAUUAUUGUAUGUAUACCCAAAAUAACUUGUUUAUCAAAGCUACCAAGGCUGAGGAUUUUAGGGCUGAUUGUGUGCUUGUUCUUCUCUAAUGUGUAUACAAUGUAAAUAAAAUAGAGAUGUGCCUUUAGGUUUGUUUUUUUUUUAAACUGGAUGUAUUAUUUCCUGACUGUUAGUGUUGAAAUGAGCAGAUUUCCUCUGCAGUCAUUGCAGUUUUGAUACAGUUGGUUGAAUUAUGAUAAUAAAGAAAGCAUCUGUGAUGGUUGAACAAAGUCCACA